AAAUGCAUAGAACAAAUUCAAAGUUGACAUACGAAAUCGGAACAAUAUUCAAGACAUUAAUUCGUUGUGUCAGAUUAAAUGAUUAUUGCAAAACUUAAUGGAAAAAUAGAAAUUUAUGUCGUAUGUGUAUAUAAGUGAAAUCCGUUCUGUCAUUUCAAUUAAAACCCAUAAAAAUAAGUUAUUCGUAAACGACGAAAUCUUCUGUAAUAUUCGAGAAGAAAACGCACAAAACGUUCUGUUCGCACAAAAACAUUAAAUCAGUAUGUUUUUAGUGGCGAUAACUGGUGGAAUAGCGACGGGAAAAAGCACCGUGACUAAAAUUUUCAAAGAUAAUGACAUUCCUGUGAUUGAUGCUGAUCUAAUUGCCAAGCAAGUGGUUGACAUUAACACUCCCGCCUACAAGCGAAUCAAAGCUGAAUUCGGUGAAAAAAUACUAUUGCCGAAUGGAGAAAUUAAUCGACCUGCACUAGGACAAUUGGUGUUCAAUGAUGUUGAAAAGCGACGCAUGCUCAACUUUAUCACACAUCCUCCGAUACAUCAAACAAUUUACAAACAAAUAUUUAAGUAUUUUUUACUUGGUCACAAUUUUGUAGUCCUCGAUUUGCCGCUAUUGUUCGAAAGCGGACAGUUCUUGCCAUACAUCCACAAAAUCAUUACGGUGACAUGUGAAGAAGAUAUUCAAUUGUCGCGUCUCAUGGAUCGCAAUGGACUAUCGGAAGCGGAUGCCAAAAAACGGAUUGCUGCUCAGAUGCCGUUGGAGAAAAAGUGUGAACAGUCCCAUUUCGUAAUUGAUAAUUCCAGCAAUUCUAGCGAUGCAGAGGAGCAGACAUUGAAAAUAUUGGAGGUUCUUUUGGAUAGCAAUCAUCACUGGCGUAUUCGUGGCUACAUUUUGGCCACUGCAGCAGUCCUCCUGUCAGGUGUGGCUUGGCUGCUCAACAACAAGUAUAAAUUUAUUUCCGAAUGAAAAUGGGUUCCAAACAAUGAACUCGCUUCGAGCUGAAAGUGAAAGUCAACAUUCAAUACAAUAAUAACCUAUUAUUACCUACAAUGUUUUCGAACAGUUUCUUUUUCAUAACGACUUUGAAUUGUUUGGUGUAAGGAAUUUCAAGAAUAAUCUCAGCCAAAAAUCCAAUGAUGGAAUAAAAAUUUACUUUGAACUCAA